AUGUCAACAACAGAUAACAAUUGUAGAGUGAUCACUGUUGGAUACAGUGGAGCAAAGUCCAAUCUAAAAGGUGACAUUAGGAUAUUCCAUCUUGAUGAUGUUGAUCCUACGACUCCAUCCGCUGCACGUCUUACCCUGUCCAAUCAAGGUGAAUCAUCGUCCAAACUCAGGUGUUGCUCAUUCAUAAAGGAUGAGCAGUUGGCACCAUCAAGACAUAUGGCUGUUGGUGACUUUGCUGGCAACCUUUCAAUUUGGGACAUUGACAGAUUGGAUGUACCAAUUAGAUCGACAACAAUGUCGACGACAGCGACGACAACGACAACGACAUCAGGUGGAAACAUACAAUCUCACAAUAGUACUGUAAAUGCAAUUGAUUGCUAUCAAUCAUUGAUAGCAACAGGUGGACGUGAUGGAUAUAUUGCGAUAUGGGAUUCAAGAGGACCUCUAAAGACUAGCACACAUUCAUUCUCACAUCAAGUCGAUGAGAAGAAGGACUGUUGGUCACUUCUAAUACAUGGAACAAACGUACUUGGUGGCUACGAGAAUGGUGACCUAGACAUCUUUGAUCUGCGGACGAAUAAGCGACUAUCAUCAAUCAAUAUGAAAUCAUCAGUCACGAGCAUAUCUUUGAACAAUCGGUUUGAUUAUGGAAGUAUCAUUGUUGGAGGAAAUGAAUCAACAAUGACAACAAUGUCAUGGUCCAAUCAAUUAUUCACUCAAGUCCAUGAACAAAAGGGAUUGAGCAAGUUCAUUUGGUCAGCGAGAUACUCACCGUUCAAGUCCAAUGUAUAUUGUACAUCAGAUAGUGAUGGCAAUGUAUCAUUGUAUGAUGACAAAGUGCUGGUCGAUAGGAUCAAGAUAUGUGACUUCCCAGUUCUACACCUCGAUUACAAUCAACACAAAGAAGGACUAAUGGCUGCCAUCUCUCUAAACAGGAAGUUGUCAAUAAUAAUAUCACCAUACGGUCAAUCACUGUGA